AUGACAGCCCUGGAGGUGGCAGCGCUGGUGUUGCUCCUGGCAUCUUCAGUGGCAGCGCAGAUAGGGACACGGAUCAUUGGAGGAUUCACCUGCUUGAGAAGCUCCCAACCUUGGCAAGUGGCCAUCUACGAUUCGAACCGGUUCUAUUGUAGCGGGUCCCUGCUGAACAGAGACUGGGUGGUGACUGCAGCACAUUGCAAGAUGCCAGGCUACACCUACCUGCGCCUGGGGGAGCACAACAUGAUGCUUAACGAGGGUACCGAACAGCAGAAAAGGGCCAUCCGGCUCAUUGCCCACCCGAACUACGAUCCGGUCAGCAAGGACAACGACAUCAUGCUGAUCAAGCUCUCCUCUUCGGUGGCCAUCAAUGACAACGUCCAGCCCAUCAAUCUGGCCUCUCAGUGUGUCGCUCCUGGGACCCGGUGCCUCGUGUCAGGCUGGGGCACGACUUCCAGCCCUAGACCAACUAUCCCUGAUGAACUUCAGUGUGCUUACCUGAACAUCAUCCCUCAGAGAGAAUGUGAGGAAGCAUAUCCUGAUGCCAUCACUGAGAACAUGUUGUGUGCGGGUCGGAGAGAAGGAGGUGUGGACUCCUGUCAGGGUGACUCUGGGGGACCACUCAUCUGCAAUGAAGAACUUCAGGGUAUUGUGUCUUGGGGGCCAGAGGUGUGUGGCCAGCCUCUAAAGCCUGGCAUCUAUACCAAGGUUUGCAACUACACUGGCUGGAUCAAUUCGACCAUGCAGCGCAUGUGA